CUGCAUAUGUUUAUUGAUUUGCAUGUAAUCCAAUGAAACAGUUUCUAUACGUUUUUAUAGUUAUCCGCUCAUUUUGUGCAUGUAAACACACUCAGUGACUCAAAGGUGCAACAACAAUAGCAGUCUGUUUGCAUAUACAGUAUGUUUAGACGUCACUUGAAUCAUUUUUCUCCUGAUGAUGACUGCUGUUACUCUGAGAAGAGAGUUGCCAAUGUACAACAACAGGAUGUGGUGGCUACAACACUGUAGGUUCGAGCAAUUGUUUCUGUACGAUUAAAAAUAUAGGAACUUACAUUUCCAUCAUGUACCAUAUACAUUCCUGUGCUUACUGAUAGUGAUCAAAGACUAUUGUCACGGCUGUUUAUUCAAUACAGUAGGGGUUUAAGGUGGUCUUCUGGUUGGUCAGUUUGAUUGUAUCAUGUUGGGUUCAGUCACAUGGUCAAGGCAAGGGGAUAAAAUAAUAUGUUUGGGUGGUCUUGGUGUUUUUCUAGCUUUCUUUCUCUUACUGUGUGAUGUUAAUAUAAACAUAAAUGUUAUGACAACUGACAACAUUACAUGAAAUGCGAGUGGUAUAAUAAGGCGUUGUUCAAACAGGACCUUCUUUACCACAUUUCCUGUGAUGCCUGCUGCACGGUGCUCUUUAGAUGUAGCAGCAGCAGCAACGAAUCAUAUGCUUUGAGGCAGCAGAUCACAACAACAGGAAAGAGAAAAUAUAUUCCAGAAAAUAACUGGUAGUGUGAAUGAACCAGAAUCGGUGUGUAAAAAAGGUUAUCUGACCACCUCUGAAAUACCUUGAGGACAGGACAACCAACAUUUCAAGACAGCAAAAAAAAAAACCUGGCCAACUUAAUACUGAUCUCAAAAGAUGCCUUCACCACAACAGUUUUUAAAAUUGUUUAAUGGAUUUUUGAAGACCUCUCCAGGUUUCAGCUCUAUUCCAUCCAGCCUUUUGUUAAUCGGACUGGAGGAGUUGAUGGAAAGACACCUCUCAUGUCCAUGCACACAUGCGGUCAAUAUAAUUCUAAUAAUAUCCAUCUUUAUUGGACCUUUUUUGUUUAUGUUUGCAUUAAUGUUCAUUUUGUUGAGACCUUGUAAAUACAAAUGCUGUCCCUGUGGUGCAAAAAAAAACAAAGAUGAUCACCAAAUCACCCCUAAUGCAAGUAAAGCCGGGAAUGAUCAGAAGAACGCCCCUAUUGCAAGUGACGACAAGGAUGAUCAGCAAAUCGCCCCUGAUGCAAGUGCAGCCGGGAAAGAUCAGAAGAACGCCCCUAAUGCAAAUGAUAACAAAGAUGAUCAGCAGGAUUUUUGGAAAGCUUUGGGACAUUGUCUGAUUCCUCCUAUUUUUUGGAUCAUCAUUUUAUUUCUCGAUGGUGAUCAUCUAGCUUGUGGCGCAACAAAGUGGGAAGGAAAUUUUGUUUUUGAUAAAGAACUGGACAGAAAAUGGUGUCAACCCAUUGAACAGGCCAAUGCACGAAACCAGAGUGAUCUACGACGCACGUAUCAGGAGUAUAUCAACAUAUCUAAGGCUGUAGGCUAUGUGGUGCUUGCUGUAUUCGGCAUUUUGAUUGUUGUCACCGUGGGUAUUUAUGACUGCUCUACAAGUAAAACAUCUGGCUGCUGUGAUGUUGAAAAUUCUGGCUGCUGCAAAAGUGAAAAUUCUGGCUGCGGCUGGUCUAAAAUAUUUGCCUCGUGUAAAACUCCAUCUACCUGCUGCAAAGGAGCAGAUGCAGGCACAGGGGCUGUAAACAAAUCUGAAUUGUUAAAACUUAAAAGUAUAGGGGAAACCGGCACAACUGCAGAAGAGGUCAUCGAAGAGUGUGAUUCAAGUUAAAAUCUUUUUUUUUAUAUUGUGGUCCUUAGAAUUCGAUUUUCUCAAUUCAUUCUUACUUAUUAGUGAGUGGAAUGGUGGCCACUCCCAUCCAGCUCCUUGUAAUAACUGUUUAAGCAGAGCACUUUGUUUCAAUGAAUGUGUAUCCUGAGAAAGGCGUAAGCCGAAAUGCGUAGAUCUACCUUUUAACUUAGCAUGUAGCCCAAUGUAUUGAAGGCUUUAAAAAAUUUUCACUUGAGUGCCUUGGAUAUAUAUUUUUUUUCAGUAUAUUGUGGUACUUUUUUACAAAUGACUUAUCUGUGUGAUCAUUAUUUAAAAAAAAUAAUGCGCCCUCAUAAUCUUUAAUUAAAAACGCAAAUCCCUCCUUCUCCUCGAAACAACCUCUCUUUAAUUCCGGUCACAGGAUAUGGUGUGAGGGCGGGGCCUGAGAAAAGAUCGCAGCAAAUAGUAACAUGACCCAACUUCCAACGAUCCAAUCAGUUCUCAAUGGACGAAUUCAAGUCCCGCCCUACCUUCUUUCUUAUUUUUCACUUGGAUAUACUUCAUGACAGAGAAAAUUUAAGCCACGUUAAUACUUUUACUUUUUGAAAUGAAAUUUGCAUUCUUUUUACUGUUUAAAUUCUUCUUACACAUUUCUUUAUGUCCUGACUGCAUUUAACUUUUUCUUUUUGCUUUAACUUUCUAAUUUUAGCAGAACUAAAUCACAUCAGUAGCAUGAUUUAUGUUGAAACAUUUACAGUAUGUUUUCAUUUAUAACAAAAGUUGCAAAUAUAUUACUUGUUGAAUUUUUUUUUUAAAUAUAUAAAGGCCUACAUCAGAUUCAUUCAUGCAGAAGAGCAGUGCGGAGCACAACACACAAAAAGAAAACUACUUUGCAAAUAAAAACUACAGUUUUAAUUUCAGAUAGAGAUAGCGGUACAAAGGAUUGCUGCUUUAAAUAUUUACAUUUGUUAAAGACAACUGUGAUAAACUGCUCAGUAUUUGCCUGGAAACUGCACUGUAAAAUUGUUAUAUUACCAUGAUAUUGCGUAUGUAUUACCAUAACAAUACUCAGUUAUUACUGAUCUAUAAAGUAAAGUGUUACCUACAGUAUAUGUUUUCAUCUUGUGGUAUUAUCACCAAUGCCUAGAUAUUCCCAAGUUCCCUAUUUACAUUUAGCAGUAUAAGAAGAUACUGAUGCAUUGUAUCACAGAUUUUAUUUUUAAGAUUAACGUUGUAUUUCCGAUGCUUUAAAUAUGCAGUCGAAACUGAAAGUGAAACCAACUUCAAGUUAGUUUCACUUUGGAUGUUUCAUAAAAAUAUACUUCAGCACUAUAGGGGCUAUAAAAUUAAUUAUUUGUGCAAAUGUACAAACUAGAAUGUAGAAAGUUUUAUAAUUUUAUAGUUGAUUUGUACAUCCAGUGUGCUUGUAUUUUUUGUAAGUGUAAUAAAUGUUAAAAGUUUCAUACAGAAAAAUGUACACAGA